AUGACAACCUAUUUGGAAUUUAUCCAACAAAAUGAAGAACGAGAUGGGGUCCGAUUUAGUUGGAAUGUAUGGCCCUCAAGUCGACUAGAAGCUACGAGAAUGGUUGUCCCAGUGGCAGCCCUAUUUACACCAUUGAAGGAGAGACCUGAUUUACCUCCUAUUCAAUAUGAGCCUGUUCUGUGUAGUAGGACCACUUGCCGUGCAGUUUUGAAUCCUUUAUGUCAAGUGGAUUAUCGAGCAAAACUCUGGGCUUGCAAUUUUUGUUAUCAAAGGAAUCAGUUUCCCCCUACGUAUGCUGGCAUAUCUGAACUGAAUCAACCUGCUGAACUUUUACCUCAGUUUUCUAGCAUUGAAUAUGUAGUUCUGGAAAUGCUGGGCCUCUCUAAAGUACCGGUUAAUCAAGCAACACGUGGUCCUCAGGUGCAGCAGCCGCUUCCUUCCAAUAGAUUUUUACAGCCAGUGCAGAAAAUAGAUAUGAAUCUCACAGAUCUUCUGGGAGAACUUCAGCGAGACCCUUGGCCUGUACCACAGGGAAAAAGACCUUUGCGUUCCUCUGGGGUGGCACUUUCCAUAGCUGUAGGAUUGCUUGAGUGUACUUUUCCCAACACUGGUGCUCAUAUUAUGAUGUUCAUUGGUGGUCCAGCUACUCAGGGGCCUGGAAUGGUGGUUGGAGAUGAAUUGAAGAUACCUAUAAGAUCAUGGCAUGACAUUGAAAAGGACAAUGCCAAAUAUGUUAAAAAGGCAACUAAGCAUUUUGAAGCGUUGGCUAACAGGGCUGCUACAUCUGGUCAUGUUAUUGACAUCUAUGCAUGUGCAUUAGAUCAGACAGGCCUGCUGGAGAUGAAAUGCUGUCCUAACCUAACUGGAGGAUACAUGGUAAUGGGAGAUUCUUUCAACACCUCCUUAUUUAAGCAAACUUUCCAGAGAGUCUUUACCAAAGAUAUGCACGGACAGUUUAAAAUGGGCUUUGGUGGUACAUUAGAAAUAAAGACCUCAAGGGAAAUAAAGAUUUCAGGAGCUAUUGGACCCUGUGUAUCUCUCAAUUCUAAAGGACCUUGUGUGUCUGAAAAUGAAAUAGGAACAGGUGGUACUUGUCAGUGGAAGAUAUGUGGACUCAGUCCCACUACAACCUUAGCUGUGUAUUUUGAGGUUGUCAAUCAGCAUAAUGCUCCGAUUCCUCAAGGAGGACGUGGUGCAAUCCAAUUUGUGACUCAGUAUCAGCAUUCAAGUGGGCAGAGACGUAUCCGAGUGACCACUAUUGCUAGGAACUGGGCAGAUGCUCAAACUCAAAUCCAAAACAUUGCUGCUUCUUUUGACCAAGAGGCAGCUGCUAUUCUUAUGGCCCGCCUGGCAAUAUAUAGAGCAGAAACAGAGGAAGGGCCAGAUGUCCUUAGAUGGCUAGACAGACAGCUUAUUCGACUGUGUCAGAAAUUUGGAGAGUAUCACAAAGAUGAUCCAAGUUCCUUCAGAUUUUCAGAAACAUUCUCCCUUUAUCCACAGUUUAUGUUUCAUUUAAGAAGAUCUCCUUUCUUGCAAGUUUUUAAUAAUAGUCCAGAUGAGAGUUCUUAUUACCGUCACCAUUUUAUGCGUCAAGAUCUGACCCAGUCUCUAAUCAUGAUUCAGCCUAUUCUCUAUGCAUAUUCUUUUAGUGGACCACCAGAGCCUGUUCUUCUUGACAGCAGCAGCAUUCUUGCAGAUCGUAUUCUUCUCAUGGACACGUUCUUCCAGAUCUUGAUUUAUCAUGGUGAGACCAUAGCACAGUGGCGCAAGUCAGGAUACCAGGACAUGCCAGAAUAUGAAAAUUUCCGCCACCUUCUACAAGCCCCAUUGGAUGAUGCACAGGAGAUUCUUCACUCCAGAUUUCCAAUGCCAAGAUACAUUGACACCGAACAUGGUGGCAGCCAGGCCCGUUUCCUGCUUUCAAAAGUCAACCCUUCACAGACUCAUAAUAAUAUGUAUGCCUGGGGACAGGAGUCUGGAGCACCUAUUCUCACAGAUGAUGUUAGUUUACAAGUGUUUAUGGAUCACCUGAAGAAACUUGCUGUGUCAAGUGCUGCUUGA